CAGAGCAGCUCUGGGAGUUUGCAUAUCAGCAAGCGAAGAAAAGUUUUGACAAGCGGACCUGCGGGCGGCUUCUGUCAGCAGCAGCUCAGCGUUCAGCCUGUGUGGAGUCUUUUCUCAGCGGGUGAGAGGUUGUACAAUCCUCGGCAGUGUUCUGAGACUGUACGGCCCCAAUCCCCCAGCUCAAUCACCGCCAGCCUGGACUAACUGAACGCUUCACAGGUUUAAUGACUUCAUCUGUCAGCGGGCUCCUUGUGACCUGCGCACUUCGGUCUUAAACCUGCUUUUUUCUCGUCUCCCUAUUUUUUUUAAUAUAAUUUUUUUUUUUUUUUUUUUACUCUAAAGUUGGACUUUACUCAAGACUGUCGUGGAAACAGCAUUGCGAAAAUAUGACAGCCGAUAAGGAGAAAAAGAGGAGCAGCUCAGAGAGACGUAAGGAGAAGUCUCGCGAUGCAGCGCGCUGCAGGCGCAGCAAAGAGACGGAGGUGUUCUACGAGCUGGCCCACCAGCUGCCUUUACCCCACAGCGUCAGCGCUCACCUGGACAAGGCAUCCAUCAUGAGGCUCGCUAUCAGCUUCCUCCGUACACGCAAGCUGCUCGCCAUAAGCUGCAGCAGCAACAGCAGCAGCGACGGCGAGGACAAUGGACAGAUGGACAGCCUGUACCUGAAGUCUCUGGAGGGCUUCAUCACUGUGGUAACAUCAGAUGGUGACAUGAUCUUCCUGUCCGAGAACAUCAACAAAUUCAUGGGACUCACGCAGGUGGAGCUUACUGGUCACAGCAUCUUUGACUUCACUCACCCAUGUGACCAUGAUGAGAUCAGAGAAAACCUCAGUCUGAAGACGACUGGAAGUGGCUUCGGUAAAAAAGGCAAAGAGCUGAGCACAGAGAGAGAUUUCUUCAUGAGGAUGAAAUGCACGGUGACCAACAGAGGACGCACCGUCAACCUCAAGUCAGCCAGCUGGAAGGUGCUCCACUGCACUGGACAACUGAGGAUGUACAACAGCUGCCCUCCACGAGUGCUGUGCGGCUUCAAAGAGCCUCCGCUCACAUGCGCUGUCCUGAUGUGCGAACCGAUUCCACACCCGUCCAACAUCGACACGCCGCUGGACAGCAAGACCUUCCUGAGCAGACACAGCAUGGACAUGAAAUUCACCUACUGUGACGAGAGGGUAACAGAGUUGAUGGGUUACACUCCCGAGGAUCUGCUGGGUCGUUCCAUCUAUGACUUCUACCACGCCUUGGACUCGGACAGUGUCACCAAGAGUCAUCAAAACUUGUGUACCAAGGGUCAGGCAGUCAGCGGUCAGUAUCGUAUGCUGGCUAAGAACGGGGGUUACGUCUGGGUAGAAACCCAGGGAACUGUCAUUUAUAACAGCCGCAACUCUCAGCCGCAGUGCAUCGUGUGCAUCAACUAUGUCCUCAGUGACAUCGAGGAGAAGUCGAUGAUUUUGUCCCUGGAGCAGACGGAGUCCCUGUUCAAGCCACGACACAUGAGCAGCUUCUUCAGUCCUGGAGUGGGCAUGAGCGGAGAGCCUGGAGAUGCCCUCUUCACUAAAUUCAAAGAGGAGCCGGAAGAUCUCGCUCAGCUUGCUCCAACACCUGGAGACACGAUCAUUUCCCUCGACUUCAGUCGUGUUCAGUUUGAAGAGCCCCAGCAGCCAGCAUACUCCCAGGUGUCUGCUUCAGCCAUGGCCCCUCUGGGACCACCGUCCUGGACCAGUGAGAGCCACAAGUCUGCCUCCAAUGCCUCUGGCCAAACCCCAACUCCAGCUCCAGGGGACGUGGGUAAAAUGGCCGGUGGUGCGUUCACUGUGCAGCAGAAUCCUCCACCGGGCAGCGCCACUCCGAGCCUCAGCAGCUGCUCCACGCCCAGCAGCCCAGACGAUUACUACAGCUCAGUGGAGAGUGACCUGAGGGUGGAGCUCACAGAGAAGCUGUUUGCUCUGGACACAGAGGGAAGCAGUUCUGCAAACACCGAGAGGGACUUGAGUGAUUUGGACUUGGAGACUCUGGCUCCUUAUAUCCCUAUGGAUGGAGAGGACUUCCAGCUCAAUCCCAUCGUCCCAGAGUCAGAGCCCCUGGAGGCAGCCCCAGCAGGAUCCAUGGGGAGCAACACCAGCCUGCCCCAAACUAACCAGACCACUCAGCAGAGUUUCAACAAUGUGGCCAGCCUCUUCCAGCCCCUGUCCACCUCCUCCCAAUCCCCAGGCCACUACCAGCGUGCAGCAUCUUCAUCCUGGGCUGGAGGGGAAAAGAGAGUCUCCAGCCAGGGGAAUGCAGAUCCCCAUGGAAGGUCAUACAUGAUGGGGCAUCUGCACAAUCCCCCAUACCGGGCCCAGGCCAGCACCCCGCUGUCCUCCAUGGGUGGCACUCAGAAUCUGCAGUGGCCGCCAGACCCACUGUUGACUUACCAACAACAACCACGGCCCACCAAGGCCUGUCUGAUGGACACGAUGUUGGAAGAGCGGCCAUCCUGCAAGCAGAACAUGCCACAUGGCAUGCAGAAACAGAGGUCCAUCGACAACUUUGUACAAGCUUACAGAGACAUGAGUCCAGCCAGAGUGGCCAUGGCCAACAGUAUGAAGCGCUCCUUCAGCCAGAUGGCUGUGGGUGAAAGCAAGCCGCCAGAGUUCAUAUGGAAGAAGAUAAGGAGUGACAGUUGCAUGGAUCGUUCCCUCUGUGCAGGAUCACUGGCAGAGUCGGAGAUGGCGAGAAUGAUGCCAGGGAACAUGGCUCCAUGUCUCAACUCGCUGCAACAACACAGGAAGUCACUCUACGCAGGAAAUGGGAUAAGUGGUGGAAAUGAAAAAGGCUUUCCCCAAAAGAGCUGUGACUACAGAGAGUAUAACAUGCUGCCUUCUAACAAGUCUGAGGGCAUAGCCAGUCGUUUGCUGGGGCCUUCAUUUGAGCCCUCCUUUCUGCCGGAGUUGACCCGCUAUGACUGCGAGGUCAAUGUCCCGCUGCAGGGCAACCUGCACCUCCUCCAGGGCUGUGACCUGCUGAGAGCCCUGGACCAGGCCACCUAGAGCCCCAGAUUCAAACACCGACAUAAACCUGGACUUACUCCCUGCCCUGAGCCUCCACCUGCAGCACGAGACUUAAGCCUUUCUUUACCUUUGUACCUCUAGGCCUUCUAUGAGCCCUAAAGCUCAGCUAACUAUAGAGAAUGGUAUUAAUGGCCACAUCCUGCCUUAUUUAGCCCCACACUCUUUUCCCCAUCCCUUUUUAAGUUCUCUGUGUAGACCAAGCUGAGUUAUCAGGGUCAAGCCACAUGCACCCCUUUCCCUGCCAAGCUCUUUACUCAUAUCAGAUGCAGGUUGACCACCAUUGAGCCAAACAUCAAAUGACCCGCAUGUAUAACAAACGGUCACUGGUCAAAAAAAGGUCAAUGCUGGACAUUUAAUACAUGACAAAGGUCACACCAUCACAUUAAUUAUUUAAGAGUCUUGACACUGGGAUGUCACCGGGUUUGGUGUAGAUGCCUCCAACAGGGUGGCAAUGCUAUGUUUGAUAACACAUCCUGAACUCGGGUCUUUGGUGUAAAAGGGGGUGUUAGUGGUGUGGAACGAAAACCUGCCUCAAAGGCCAGCUCUGCUCAAACAUCUACAGCCACACCACCCUGACUACCAGCCGAUUCCUGCUUAGGUUUAGCAAAGCAGGAAUCUGUGAGCAGUGGGUCUCUGACCUACGCCCUGAUAUGGACUCUAUGCAGCUUAGAUCCCAGCCCUACUACUCUUCUAGCUAAAGCAUUUGGCUCAGAAGAGAUGAUAUUAUACUACCUACACAUGAACAGAGACACUGUCUUCUUUCACAUUUGCAUGUUUUACCAGCAACUUGUAGACACGGCUCAGUUGAAGCUUCAAGCAAGAGUUGGGUAUCAUGAACUGUGGUGAAUUGUAGCCAUUUUAAAGAUUUCUUAAGAAUCCUUUACACUAUUGUAUCCUCUUUAUGGACACCCAAAGAUGAUUUCUUUUUAAUCAUAGUGGUGCAAUAUGCUGCACUGGAGUACUUUACAGUGUGGCCAGAUGUAAUGUUGUAACUGUGCGGUAAUCGAUAUUAAUUUCAUGUUUUUUUUCCUCUAUGCCCAAGACUUAAAAUAUACUCCAAUUUAAGUAUUAUUUUAAUCUUUAAAGAAUUAAAGAUUGCUUUAGUUGGAAGGCAAAGACCAGAACCAGAACUGAUGAGCAGAAUCGGAAGCAGUAAAAGUGAUACCCAGCCUUGCUCAAGCCUUUUUCCACAUAUUCACAUUCAUCAGCCUGCCUCGUUUUGUCUGAAUCCAUCCCAUAAAUCACUGUAGCAUCCUCUGCUGCUUUAGUACAUAAAAUGGUAGCAUUAGAUCGGUAUGUUUCAGUUUCAAAUGACAUAUCAUUAUUGUAACUAGUCUUUUCUUCUUUUCCUGAAUUGAGAUAUUGAAGCUUUUAUGAAAUUCCCCCAGUUUAUUCAGUCUAAACUGACAGGACACUUCACCACAUUAACAGUGCCUUUUUUUUUUCUUCUUUAGUUCUUACUUCUCUUAUUUUCUCUGUCUCUCACUCUCUCUCUGACACUGUUAUAAAUAUAUUGCAAUAUAUGUAAUCUGAACUUUUAAGAUUUAAGAUCUUCGUCUUAAAUCUGUCUAAACACGCUUUCCUCACUUUAGUGUCUCUCAGUCAGGUAAGUAGCUUGUGUGGAUACAGGGUUAUUUUCUUAUUGUGCAAUUAUUUCAUUGAGCUAAAGCUUAGAUUGUCAGUAACAAAGCUAGACUUUAUGUACAUAAUCAAUAGCCUGCACAAAGGAAUGUGACAUGCACACACUGUAAGAGUUCAUAUGAUUAUAUGUUAUUAGCUAACACACAUUGUAUGCAAUACAGGAAACCAUAAAGACCAGACCAGUGGUGUGCACAGACUCUUAGGGGACCGGGGACUGUUUGAAAAAGGGGACACUUAUGUGUGGUGGGGGUUUCUUGGUUUCGUUAUUGUCCUGCACCUGUACUUCGGGAAGCUUUAAGAAAAAGUUUGCAUGAUUUGCUGAAUCCUGUCGUGGGACGGUUUUACAUUUAGUUUAAGACAGUUAUUAGUUUGAACUAUGUACAGUACACAACAAAAUUGUUAGCGGACAAGCUGUACGAUCAUUGUAGGAAGCAUGGCUUAAAAAAGAAAUGUGGUUUGCAGAAUGCUUAGAGAAUGGUUAGGCUGUAAAGUAUGUGAGAUUUGUCACUGGUAUGCUCUUUUAAGCCAACUGGAGGGCAUUUGAGCCCAACACAGGGGGCACUUGGGCUAAUCACAAGUGCCGUGGGAGGGAUCAAAAGGGCACUUUAGCUGAUCAGGUGGCAACUUGAGCUGUCUAGACGGGCAGUUGAGGGGUGUUUUUGGGGGGCCCAGUAGAGCCGAAAUAGCGCUUAGCUUAAGCGGCUCUAGUAACCUCUGUUGACCCUUGGUGUUUUAUUAGGGCAAAAGAUCAUGAUUGGAUGUCGUCCCCCGCCCCGACUUCCUGCGCACACCACUGCACAUACCAGACAGGGUAAAGUCAGCAGCGUUGGCAUGAUCACUGACUCAUUCAGACAAUGCAUAUGUACAUAGCAGCAGCCAUGGUUUCAAUGCAGUACAGCAGCCUGUGACAUGACUUGAAAGUGGAGUUUAUAUAAUUUUCUUAAAGAUUAGGACAAGGCCAGUUUCUCUUUACUCACAAACCGAGUGGCUGCCAGUUACAGAAAGCUUUGAAGCUUUGAUUAUUACCUGCCAUAAGAGCAGAUUUUGAAACUAAUUUUUCAUCCAAACAUUGUCAGUAUGUCUUCAGUGAAAUACAGUUUUUCUGUUCUUUCCUCUCAAAGUAUUUUCUUAAGCUCAGUCUAUAUUUUUGAGGUAAUUGUCUCUGUGUGGUGACCACUUUGAGCUUUGUACACAUAUGUUAUGUAUUUAAAACAGAACUAAUGUUGAAGAUGGUGUUUUUCGUGUUUGUGUCCUGGUACUUUGUCCUUACCUUACCCCCCCAUAGAUGCAGUUAGAGCCAGUCCCUCACAGUGCUGUUUCUCCUUGUGCUGUUUCUGUGUUGUGGUGGCAUUUUUUUUUUUUUUUUAUUCUAUCCUAAAAUAUCCAUUGAAUCUGUUGGCUGGCCAGUACAGUUGUUGUUCUUGCUUUAAAAAUAACAAGAAAAAAAUCGGAUUUUAAAAAAAACAACAAAAAAAGAGGUAAAUAUCAGUUUUCUAAGUUUCACUUUUCAGAUAUGUAGCAUUUUGAAUAUUGUAAGGAAGGUGAAGUUGCCACAUUGUUAAUCACAUAGUUUUCCAGUUGCAUAUAUAAAAGCAAAAGGUGCUUCAUAGACCUUGUAUCAUUGUGUCAUUUGUAGAACUUUUAUUACAUCUCUUGGAUCCACUAACACUGUAUUUUGAUGUUCUCUGCCUGAUGUGCUAAACUUUUCUUUCAAGUUCAUUUUAAUCAUUAUGAUGUGCCUUAUGACUUUAUGGUUGUCUCAACAUACCGAGGUCACCCUUCAAGUGCACAGUUUGUUCCUUUAGAUCUGUAGAUGGCAUACUGUAGGUCUGAGGAGGAUUAUUAUCAAAUGCAAUCUUAACUUGACAUUGCAUCUUAAGUUAAAGGUAAAUUAUUUUCUCCUGUUUGCUGCAUAAAUCUAAAUUUGGAAAUGAAAUUGCGAUAUUUUCUAGUAGUAGUAGAAGAUAUCGAUCUAAAAAUAAAACGCCAAAAAAGUCGUCUUCUUUUUUUUUUUUUUUAAGAAAAAUGGAUUAUUAUUCAAUACAAAUUUGUCAUGUGUUUUACAAUAUUUGGGAAAACAUUCAGUUGGAAUGAUUUUGAUGAUAAUUCCUCAGAUUUUCCAGUGAAUUGCGCCUUCGUAGCUUUCUUUCACUUGUUCCUUAAAUAUACCCAAAUCUAAAUAGAACUUUUGAGAUCUAUUUUGAUCCUAAUAGAUCAGCAGUGAUGAGCCAGCCUCUUGGAUUUGAGUAGAAUCCCAGUAGAACCAACCCUACAUUUUGAUAACAAAUUAAGCUUUGUGUGAGGCUUAUCAGAUGACCUGUUUGCUAAUAAGGCUGCUUGUGGGUUUUUAGAAUUAGUUGGGUGGGGAAAAAAGAUUUGACUUGUAAUGUUAAGCUCUUAUAUUUUAAUAUAUAGUGUCUCAACAUGCUGCUUCAGUCGGCACUCAUGUGCCUAUAAGGGUUUUCUGGCACUCAGUGGUGCUAAAGGUGUCUGUUACAAGCAUAAUUUUGUGAAAUAUCAAAAGAUUAUGUUGAAACUGUGCCAAAACAGAGGAAGGGGACAGUCCUGAUAACAAUUCAUAUAAAAAAUGCAGUAGGUAAUUACAGAAAGAAAAUGUGCAAUUACUUACUUCUAAAUUAACUACCUCUAAAUUUCCUCUAGUAUACGUAUAUAAUUAGGCCAAAUCUGUCAGGAGGAAGAGUUUUAACAGUAAAAUUGCAACCAAAACUUGAUCAAAAUUUGCAACAAUCCCAAAUAAGAGGAGAUGUAAAGAAGUGAUGUUCAGUUGAAGGACAAAUGAAAUGGCAGACUUUCUGCUCAGCCUGCCUACCUGCGCCAUAUUUCUCCACUUGUCCAUUUGAUAAAUCACUUCCUUGUUUCUCCUCUCCUCUUCACUCCUUUCACUUUACCAAAAUGUUUCUUUUCAACCCCAAACAAGAGGCCAUUUAUACCCUCGAUUAAAUUGGAGGUUUUUCAUAUUUAGAGUAAAAAGAGGCUUCAAUAGAAUGCUAAUAAUGUUUGCAGGAUUAUGUACAGUAUUUGAAAUAUAUAAAAUGAUAGAAACAUUGGUUUCAAGAAAAGCACCUUACAGCAUGUUUGAAGCAUGUUAUCAUUUUUUUUAUUGGAAAUUUUAUGUGCAAUAUAAAACUAGUAAAGAAUCCCAGUGGUAAGUGAAAUUUUACAAACCAAAGAUGUAUUUAGUGUGAGGAAAUAUGCACAGUGACAAAGAACAGCACCUCAGAUGAGUUUAAAUGACCUCAUCAGAUAAGAAAGAAUCUGCGGUAAUGCAUGUGGAAAAAGUUGGCUACAUGGAAGUUGAUUUAAAAAGAAGAAGGAAAAAAAAAAACUCCACUAGCUUUGGCCAGAAAAUGUAAAAGUGACUAUGUUGUUAGCAUUCAGCGGCUACCGUGAAACUUGUUGAAUGCUAAAUAGGUGAAAUGUAUGUCCAGUGUUGAAAGAAAACAACAACUAAGGUAUGUUGCCAAGUCAGAAAUUAAAGGGGGGGGGAAAAAAGCAAAAAACAAAAAACACCCUUUCCUGAAGAAAUGUCGAAGAGACACGAGUGCUAGUGACGCUAACCCAAAAAAAUCGUCGGGGCUUUAGCUUUGUGUUUUAACUCUAGGAAGCUUAUCACCAGUGCGCAACAUACUGUGCUGCUUGAAGGGUAAAGUGACAAAUCAUUCAGGAGUUAAUCCACUCACUCAUCGCGCUUCCUCUUUAAAAAGAUAUCAGCAUUUUAUCUUUGUCUUGUGUAACAGGGUUUUUGUUUUUCCUUAUGGGAUCCAUGUUAAGCUACUUGUAUUCUGUUUUGUCAAUGUCAUACAAUGCCAUUUUGAUUUUUUUAAAAAUAUGCUUAAAAUCUAUAUUGAUUAUAUUAUUAUUAUUAUUAUUAUGAAUAUUAUUAUUAUGAAUAUUAUUGUUAUUAUUACAGUAUGGGGAACGUAACCCAAUAAGAAGUUUCUGUUUCUGCACUGAUAUCUUAUUAAAGCAUACUGAUCUUACCCUCAUUCAUCAA